AUGAAUAAAUAUGGUUAAGCUUAAAUUUUCAGUUUAAAAGUAUUAGAAGUAGAAGAAAUAAGAUUUAACACAGGAUAAUAAAAAUAAGUAAUUUCUUUUUUCCUAAUUUAUCUAAAAAUAUUUAAUCCAAUANUUUAAGCUUUAGAAUUAGCUGAUGAUUUUGGAGGACUCUUAUUAAUUUAUUCGUCUUUAGGAUUAAAAAGUCAACUAUUACAAUUAGCUGAUAAAGCUUUUUAAUAAACUAAAAUGAAUAUAGCUUUCUCUGCAUAUUUUUUAUGUGCUAAUUUAGACAAAUGUCUUGAUGUUCUUAUUAAAAGUAAUAGAUUGCCUGAAGCUGCUUUCUUUGCUAAAACAUAUUGUCCUUCCAAAAUAAGUCCAAUAGUCAAAUUAUGGAAAGAAUCUCUAUCUAAAACACAUCCAAUAAUAUGUAUUCCAUUACUAAUCAUUUUUCUUAGCUUAAAAAAUUGCUGAUCCUUUUGACUAUCCUGCUCAAUUUAAUGAUCUUAAAUUAGCUAUUAAAGUCGAAAAGUUCUAUGAAAAUAUCAGAAAAUAAGCUAUUCCAGCUGAUUAAUUCAAAUAAGUAUUUAUUUCUCUUUUAUUUCUAAGUUCUAAGAAUUCUUGAACCAAGAUCUUUUUACAUAAUUACAAAAUAAUCCUAAUUUAGAUCUUUCAAAAAUCAUUUAUGGGUCGGGUUGA